UUAAGAUGAUAUUGGCCAAUGUUCAGUACCGGACUGAACGAUGAGGAACAACUGGUCCCAGAUCAGUAUUAAUGUCAAAUUCGGCGAUAUAACCGGAAGUACAAUGGUUUUAUGGGAGUUUUCUGUGUUCGAUGACGUUUUGUUUCUUAGUACCGAAACAGCUGGGUCGAAGGUCAGUUGGCAUCAUCGUGAAUUAUUCGCCGUCUUAACUGGGACAUUUACACCUAGCCGUUUUCGGGGGGAACCCCCACCUUACUGAAGAGGUCGCAUUUACCGAAUACGUCGCCACCUCUUAAAACGCAAAAAUGGUGUUAGCCGACCUGGGGAGGAAAAUAACCUCGGCCCUGCGAUCUCUCAGCAAUGCCACAAUUAUCAACGAGGAGGUUUUAAAUGCUAUGCUAAAGGAGGUUUGUGCCGCCUUGCUUGAAGCAGAUGUCAACAUCAAAUUGGUAAAGCAACUCCGAGAGAAUGUCAAGGCAGCUAUUGAUCUGGAGGAGAUGGCUUCUGGGCUAAAUAAGAGGAGAAUGAUCCAACACGCUGUUUUCAAGGAGCUUGUCAAGCUGGUGGACCCUGGUGUAAAAGCAUGGACACCCACAAAAGGAAAAAAUAAUGUCAUCAUGUUUGUGGGCCUUCAGGGCAGUGGGAAAACCACAACAUGUUCUAAGUUGGCAUACUACUACCAAAGAAAAGGAUGGAAAACAUGUUUGAUAUGUGCUGACACGUUCAGAGCAGGUGCCUUUGAUCAACUGAAGCAAAAUGCCACAAAAGCCAGAAUUCCCUUUUAUGGAAGUUACACAGAGAUGGAUCCAGUCAUCAUUGCUUCUGAGGGUGUUGAAAAAUUCAAGUCAGAAAACUUUGAAAUAAUUAUAGUUGACACUAGUGGUCGGCAUAAACAAGAAGACUCCCUGUUUGAAGAAAUGCUUCAGGUUUCAAAUGCUGUGCAACCUGACAACAUUGUGUACGUAAUGGAUGCCUCCAUUGGCCAGGCUUGUGAAGCUCAGGCUAAGGCCUUCAAGGAUAAGGUAGAUGUGGCUUCUGUCAUUGUUACCAAGCUUGACGGCCAUGCCAAAGGUGGCGGUGCUCUCAGUGCAGUUGCUGCCACAAAGAGCCCUAUCAUUUUCAUCGGCACAGGGGAGCACAUUGAUGACUUUGAACCUUUUAAAACCCAGCCAUUCAUAAGCAAACUGCUAGGUAUGGGAGACAUCGAGGGAUUGAUUGACAAGGUGAAUGAACUCAAGCUUGAUGAUAAUGAGGAGCUGAUUGAUAAGCUGAAACAUGGCCAGUUCACACUCAGAGACAUGUAUGAACAGUUUCAGAACAUCAUGAAAAUGGGACCUUUUGGGCAAAUCAUGGGUAUGAUCCCAGGCUUUGGAACAGACUUCAUGAGCAAAGGCAAUGAGCAGGAGUCCAUGGCCAGGCUAAAGAAACUCAUGACAAUAAUGGACAGUAUGAAUGACCAAGAACUGGACAGCAAAGAUGGUGCUAAGCUCUUCAGUAAGCAGCCUAACCGUGUUCAGAGGGUGGCACGGGGCUCUGGCGUAGCCACCAGGGACGUGCAGGAGCUGCUCGCCCAGUACACAAAGUUUGCUCAGAUGGUCAAGAAAAUGGGUGGAAUAAAAGGCUUGUUCAAAGGAGGGGACAUGUCCAAAAAUGUCAACCCGUCACAGAUGGCAAAGUUGAACCAGCAGAUGGCGAAGAUGAUGGACCCAAGAGUGCUUCACCACAUGGGUGGCAUGGCUGGACUACAGUCCAUGAUGCGGCAGUUUCAGCAAGGAGCCACUGGCAACAUGAAGGGAAUGAUGGGAUUCAACAACAUGUGACCCUCCAAGCCUUAAACAUGAAAAACUGUUUGAUGGCUUUAAAGAACGAAAAUACCUGAGCAGAGGAAGAUUGUGUUCUGCCUCAAAAUAAUACAGUAAUUGAUUAAACCAUGUAAAAUAUUCAGAGGCUUAUGUAUUUAUAAAGCCUAGUUUGUUUUUUUUCUGUAGAAGACAUUGGCUAAUCAGACUGUUUAACUGGAACGUUUGAUCAGUGGGAAAUGUCAUUUUAAAAUGUUAGGCUACAUUUAAAGCCAACAGUUUUUGUUGUGUAAAUCAGGAUUUUUUUUUUCCCCAGUUAUUGUGCUUGAAAGCAAGCUGUCAGCACGCAGCAGUUUGCUAAAUGGAAGCAUUUGUAUGUUAAUGUGGUCUAAAUUUUAAUUGGCAAAAUUUAGUUCCCUGUCAUUUUUAGGCUUUGAGAAGGUGAAAUGUGUGUAGGAGGUUGUUCUAAUUUUAACAGCUUGGUUGUCUAAUCAAGCAUUGGUUUGUCCUGUACAGGCAUGGAGAGAAAGUCAAAUCAAGCUGAAGAACUCAAAACUUAAUUUCAACCAGGGUGUUUUGGCCCACAGACCUUCAUUGGGACAUCAUGAGCUCCAAUGAAGGCCAGUGUGCCGAAAUGCAUUGGUGGAGAUAAAAUUUUGAUUUCUCCUGUUAACAAGUGUUGCUGGUUUGACUAAUUUCAAUUUUUCUGCAAGCACUUUGUUGAACAAGCACCUUGUGGGACAGUGAAGGUGCAUCAGACCAACUACUAAUACUACAUGUCAUCCUUUUGCAAAACAUUGCCAGCCAUUGGCAAGUUGCUUUCACCAAAUACUAAUCCAAUGUGAGGAAUACAGACAGGCCCGCUGAUCUUUUACCUCGGUUGUGAUGAUGCUUACAGUUAGGAAAGCUACAUGGUCAUGGUUUGUCCGUUUCCUUUUUUUUCCCCUCAGUUUGCCAUAGAAAAAAAAGCUUUGGCUUUGUAGCUGAGACAAAAAGACAGUAGUGGCAGAUUAGUAUGUGGCAAUAUUUUUGUCAUAAUAUUAUAAUAAAUUUAUAUAGCAAGAUUUUA